UCUCUCCUUUUUUCCUCCCCCAGUGGGUUACGGGCGCCCGGCCCUUCUACGCGUGCGCGGGGCCGCGGUCCUCACCGAGCAUGCUCAGACUCCCACGUAGCCUAGCGUGCCUUUACACUGCGCAUGCUCUGUGCCCGCACUUGGCCUCACCCUCACUGCUGCGCAUGCUCAGCCUCCGGGCCCGCUGAGCUGCUCACCCUGACCGGGAUGGCCUGGGUAGCCAGGGAGUGGAGUCUCGGGACGCGCGCCCCUAGAGAGCCGUUGAGAUGCCGCUGCGGGCAAGGGCACAUUCAGGGCCUGGCAGCACGCGCGCGCGAGACCGGGGAGCUGGGUGGCACCCCGCACCUGCCGCGGCUGGAACGUGACAGCCUGUCGGCCAACCCCUCCGCGGACACCUCCUGAGCCCAUGCAGACCCUGCCUCACCGUCCCCCUCCCCCGAGAAAGACCCUCCUCGCCCAGGGACAUAGCGCGGAAGACCUUACUGCAGCCCACACGUCCGGGUCUCCCCGUCUCCUAGGCCUGGUUAUUAGGAGCAUCUCGAGUGCCCCUCUAAAGAGACCGCACCGUGUAAUCAAAGAACCAUGCACUGUGCGUCCCCGAGGCCCUGGGUACUGGAGAACCACACAUUGUAGCACUUUGUAGGGGGCCUUAGGUUCUCCUUGAGGUUGCCCGACACAGGGGCGGUGUUGAGGGACACUGAGCAGCCCUCCGAAGCCUGGAAUUUUUGUGUUGGUGCAUGAACUCCAAUUGCCUCUAUGUCUUCGGACAUCUGUGUUACAGCAUAGUCCGGUGAUUGUUCAUCAGCAUGACCCUGAGUCAUGAGUUCCUGGAUUUGUUUCAUGAUCCUCCCACCUUGUUUAAGAGGGUGAAAAAUAGGUUAAUCCAUUUUAGCGUUUCCACCAAAAACCCUCCUCCACGUCUGGUAAUUAAUCAUUACCCUUAAUCAAAUCUCUAAAUAUUGACAUUAAAGGAGAAAUUUGGCUUUCUUAAAAGUGACUCUUAUUCAGCCCAUGCACUUAACAGUAUAGCAUUUUUGUUUAGUGGAAGUAUAGGGAGCAUCGUUCUGCAGAAAUAGAAAUUGUCGAUAGAAACUCACCCUCAGAAAUUGACAGUAUUAUGUAGUGGGGGAAAUUAGGUAUAGGAACACUAAAAGCAACAAAAGAGUUAACAUAGAGGUCUCCAGACAAGGAGAUAACUUGAGAAGCCAUUUUAGUUGUCUCUGUACUAGAGCUGACUGAGGGCUGGAUUUACAGGUAUCAGAGAUGGGCCAAAGGGCAAUGAAAAGAGAAUAACUUUCUCCCUGAGGACACCUGGCUGGCAUCACCUCAACCUAAGGAGGCAAUGUAUGAAGACAAGCAGGUGUGAGAGUGUGGAUCACAAGUACCAUGUAGGACAAGUGGGUUCAUUGAGAUGUAUUUGUUCAGAAGGCAACCAGGGACUGGAGUCUGGAAAAGUCUGAGCAGAGAUACAGAGGGUGUCAUAGUCCAAUUGUUAGAACAGCUACAAAAUCUCAGAAAACGCUGAGAAAAUGUGCUGUGCUGUGCUUUACAAGACUGAAUAGAUAAAGAUGAGCAAGUUAAAUCCUCAAGUCUAGUGAGCUUUUCCUACACCUUCCAAGCCUUGUGCUAGGAAUCCACAGAUGAAAACAGGGCUUUUAUGGGGGAGCCUCUAGGGGAUCUUCUGAUGGAUCCACAUAUAAAAGCUGAUGAAUUGAAAUCACUAUGGGGUAAUAAUUGCAGAGAGAUAAAGUGUUGCUGUUGGCAAAUUGCAAAAGCUUUAUAGUUCCAGUUGAAUCUUUCUAUACAAAGUGGCCAAGUAAAGGAGAGGUAGAAGGUACUUUUAGGUUUCAGAAACUGGAAAUGCAGGUUUGUGGGUUACAUGGUAAGGAGUGCCACCCAGAUAUGGUACAGAGGUGAAUUGACAUCAGUCAGAGCAGCCUGUGUGCUAGUCUGUAGUUUGGGUUUUUCUAGGAAAUAAUAAUUUUAAAAAACAAACUGUAUUCUAAAACAGGGCAGUUAAAGUGGCCAACUUUAUUUAGAGAAAGUAAUCAAAGAGCUUCAUUUCUACUCCUUAAUUUAAUAGAGAGUAGAAAGUAAUCACAUAUUUAUUGUGUAGGAUCCCAAAUUGGGCAUCAUGAGGAAUGUCAGAAGUAGUGUAUUGGACCUUAAAGAGCUUGCAAUCCUGGUGGGACAUGCAACCAGCUAGCAUAUGACAGUGAAUAAACACAAUGUAUUGGUGUGCCUGCUCUGUGUGGCAAAGGAAUUGGCAGGAAGGCAUUUGCUUUUUUUUUUUCUUCUUCUUUUCUUUUUGACAAGGGCUUGCAAUGCGCAUUGACCUUGGAUUCAUAAUCACCCUCCAUCAGCCUCCCAAAUGCUGGCAUUGUAGACGUGUGCCACACACUGUAUUUUAUUACUUGUUCUAAGCUUAAGGACUGUGUUUAUUGGCCUGCUUUAAUUUAGUAUACAGACCUAGUGACCUAAACAGCCCAAACUUAUUUUCUCAUAGUUAGAGAAGUUGGAAAUUGGAGGUAAAGGCCAGGUCUCUCUUGGGGUCUCUCCCCUUGGCUUAUAGACAGCAUCUUCUUAUGUCCUCAUAGCAUCUUCCUCCAUGUCUGUCUCUGUUCUAAUUCUUUGUUUAAAGAUACCAUUUUAUUGACUCAGGCACAAUUUAACUUACUUAGCUGUGUAAAAAUUUCAGCUCCAAAUAUGAUUGCCUUUUGAGGUGCAGAGGUUAGGACUUCGACAUACAGACUAGGGGUAUUGGCUGAGAAUGUUCAGCCCUAAAGGAUUCCCAAAGGAUUAGAACUUGAGAUGAGUUGGAAAAGGAGUUUGGCACAAUCUAGGAUGGUUCAGGUUGAGUGGUAGAGGAGGUCAGGUGGGCAGAUUGUGUCUCUGGGACAGAAACAGGAAAAAGCACAGUAGGUAGCUAAAGUAUUUUAAAAGUAGUCUGAAUAUAGAUGUCUAUAGAGGCUUGAAGGCCAUUUAUUAAAGAUUUUGUAUUUUAGCCUGUUUUAACUAGAACAGAGGAGACUAUAACAUUAUUCGGUUUUUUCAUCUUAACAAAACAUUACAUCAAGACGGUUCCUGAGCUCCCUCUGCACUCCUGAGGACUACACCAGCCAUCACACUUCUCUCUCCAUCAAGAUAUUUAGCACUUUGAAAUCAACUUUUGGGGUUUCCUUAUCUCUAGACACUGGGGCUUUAUGUCUUGAGUACCCAUGUGUUCAGAUAUACAUUUAACCAUGCCUUGUGCAUGGAAAGAGCCAGUGAGUAAGCUGAAUUCAUGGAAGAGAUUGUAUGCUGGGACACUAAUGAAAGCCUUGCUUGAGAAAUCUAGCAUAUGAAGAAUGAGCAUGAAAGGCAGAACAGGAGCAGGCAGCAUGCAGAAAUAUGCCAGAAUAAAAACUGGCUAACUGGUUGAAAAGGGAAUUUAUUGAAAACAAUACAUGAUUAUUCUUGAGGUUUGAGGAAAAUCUUAAAAAAAAACAAAAACAAAAACAAAAAAAACCUUGGACCACAAAGGACAAAACCAAACCACUUGCAGGAAUGUACGAGUCAGACAUUAGCACAUUGAAUUUUCAGACCACACUGAGAUCCAUCAGUCAGUUCCACUCAGCUGUUGCCUUUGUCUUGUCAUGAACCAUAGUCUAGGGAGAAAGUUUCUAGUUGGCCUGGUUUUGGGUGUGUGCCUAUAACCAUCAGCUUGCACUUGCUAGGCAAGAGUGUUCUUCAAAGCAACACAGAGGGUCACUGAGGAAGGAGCAAUAGCUGCUGGGUGGCCAGAACAGAUCAGCAGAGACUGCUUGUUUGCUGUCCUGGCUGAAGCUGACAAUCUACCCUUGAACCAAAUUUGAACUAGAGAGAGGGAGGCUGAAAUGUGUUGAAGUAGAGUACAGUAACUUGAUACCAUGAAGGAUCCCUUUAGCCAAUCUGGCUUUGAAACCUGAGGCACUUUAGAUAAUUUCUGGAUAUCUGCAAUGUUACCAGGUGAGUGAUGAUAAGAUCAAGUGGAGAGAAAGAGGGCUAAAUCCAGAAGUGAGGGUUUGGGGAUGAGCUGUGUAUAUGUAGUUAGAUGUUGGAUGUUCACCUGUGUCACCAGCAUCCCUAGAGUUACAGGAUCAUGUUAGGUUUUUGUAAGCACUCUCCAACAUUGCAAAGGGGCAGUGUUUACAGAGCUUAGCCUGAGGUUCCCACAGAGCUGUUACUGUGAGUUUUUUGGACUAGUCCCAGAGCCUAGCUCAUUUGUAAUGAUCUUUAGUUAUGGAACCAUUUUCUUAAAUUGAAAUAGGGGAAAUCAUUUUGAAUCAUCUCCAUCUCCUUCUCACCCUCCCUUCGUAGUAUCCGUUGAGUUUCUGACUGUGUGCUUCCCUUUCUUAUGCAUCUGUCCCCAGAAUACUCUGCUCCAAAAUUGCCUGCCUUCCUUAAACCCCAAAGUCCUUAUUCUGUGUAAUAUAACAACGGAAAUACUUGGGCUUAAUUAAUUUAUAUUAAGAUUAUAGAUGUCUCACUUCAGCAUCUAGUGUAUUAAAGGCAUUUGCAUGAUGGCAUGAAGUAAUUUCAUUGAGUCUAGCUGUGAGGGGCUCUAGAGUCCUUUUGGGGAUUUGACUUGAGGCCAGGGUAAGCUUUAAAAGAUUUUAAGCCUGGGCCAAUCAGAUAAUAUUCUUGGAAGUUCUGAGCCUUUGGUUUUAACUUCAAUAUCAAGUGAGUCCCAAGCCCUCUCUGAUGUCCCACCAGUCACUCAGCCACCCUUCCACCUCCUGGCCACAUUGAUAGUCUCCUGAUAUGAGUGUUCUUCCGUAUUCUGUGCUUUCUUUAUCACAUUGUUGUCUGCCCAGUCACAGGAAUGUGAGGUGCAGGAGAACAGGAAGCCAGCCAGCAAGCUCACCUCCCAUCAUCAGCACCUCUUACGAUGCACAGUGUACAGCGGGCUCCCAAACACUCGGGAGAGGAAGAGAGAAGGAAGAUGUGUACUUGCCAGAUAAACUGCAGGAUGGAGGGACUGCUGCAUUACAUCAACCCAGCACAUGCCAUCUCUCUGCUCAGCGCCCUCAAUGAGGAGCGCCUCAAGGGACAGCUGUGUGAUGUACUCCUGAUUGUUGGGGACCAGAAGUUCCGAGCUCAUAAGAACGUCUUGGCUGCCAGCAGUGAGUACUUCCAGAGUUUAUUCACGAAUAAGGAGAACGAGGCACAGACUGUCUUUCAGCUGGACUUCUGUGAGCCUGAUGCUUUUGACAACGUUCUGAACUACAUUUACUCUUCCUCCCUUUUUGUGGAGAAGGGCAGCCUUGCUGCUGUGCAGGAGCUGGGGUAUAGCCUUGGUAUCUCCUUCCUGACCAACAUCGUUGCCAAAGCCCCUCAGGCUCCUUUUCCAGCCUGUCCCAACAGGAAAAGAGUGCCGGUGGAAGAUGAUGAGACCAGCUCUCAAAAGCGAAGUGUCAUCGUGUGUCAGGGCAGAAGCGAAGUGCCAGGGAAAGCCAGUGGUCCAGCCGUGCAGGACCUCAGCCUUGCUGCCCGGUCCUCCCCGAGUGGUGCAGUCAAGACCAGCACCAAUAAGCCACAUGUGGCCAAGCCGCCAGAGCAGCUUCACAGUCUGUCCUUAACUGAAAAGAGUUGGCCGAAGGAUAGUGCUGCGGUAUAUGCAAAGUCUCUGGAACAGCCUGGGGCUUUGGAUGAUCCUAACAGGGGCAAUUUGGUUAAGAGAAAUGCAGUCCUACCCCCAAAGCCUUCACAAGACAGGGAGGCCACGGACGAUAAGCCUGGGGUGAGCAGCCAGCUUCCCAAGGGGAAGGCUAUAGAGCUGGCUCUGAAGAGACCACGGCCACCUGUUCUGUCUCUUCGUAGCUCAUCAGAGACUCCAUAUCUCUUAAAAGAAACUAGCAAAGGAGGUGGUCAGGGGGAGGAUAGGAAUUUGCUCUACUACUCUAAGCUAGGCCUGGUGGUUCCAUCCAGUGGGCCUGCUUCUGCAAACCAGAGCAUUGACAGAAGUGGCCCAUUAGUGAAAAGCCUCCUCAGGCGGUCACUGUCUAUGGACAGCCAGGUUCCUGUUUACUCCCCCUCUAUAGAUUUGAAGUUAUCCCAGGGAUCAUCCACAGCAGCAAAUGAGGCACCAGGCAGUGUGUUCUGUGCAGUGUCUCAAAAGUCAUCUUUAAAAGAUGGCAGUGAAAAAAAAGCCCUGGAUGACAGGCCUCAAGCUCUCCAGCCUCAUCGCCUCAGGUCCUUUAGUGCUUCUCAGUCAACAGACAGGGAGGGGACCUCCCCUGUGACUGAGGUGCGCAUUAAGACUGAGCCUAGCAGCCCUCUGUCGGACCCUUCAGACAUCAUCCGGGUCACCGUGGGAGAUGCAGCAACGUCUACAAGAGACCUGCCCCUCAAAGCAGAGGAAGACCAGAGGGAUAUUAGCAGACUCCCAGCAAAGAGAAGGUUCCAGGCAGACAGAAGGUCACCCUUGAAGAAAGCAAGGGCAAAUGAGCAUGGGCCUUCUGUCUCAGAAGAGAACUGUGAGGAGGACAGGAGCCCUCCUUCCCUUGACAGCAACUUCCCAGAUUCUGAAUUAAACAGAGAGGAGUUUGGUGAGUUGGAGGGGACGAGACCAAACAAAAAAUUUAAAUGCAAACAUUGCCUUAAGAUUUUUAGAUCAACCGCGGGUCUUCACCGCCAUGUUAACAUGUACCAUAACCCAGAGAAGCCUUACGCUUGUGACAUCUGUCACAAGAGGUUUCAUACCAACUUCAAAGUGUGGACACACUGUCAGACCCAACACGGCAUAGUGAAGAACCCAUCGCCAGCCUCUAGUUCCCAUGCAGUUUUGGAUGAGAAAUUCCAAAGAAAACUGAUUGACAUAGUGAGAGAGAGGGAGAUUAAGAAGGCCCUGAUCAUUAAGCUGAGGCGCAGCAAGCCUGGCUUCCAGGGACAGAGUAGCUCCCCAGCACAGCAAGUCAUCAAGAGGAACUUGCGCUCCCGAGCCAAAGGGGCCUACAUUUGUGCCUACUGUGGCAAGGCAUACCGUUUUCUCUCUCAGUUUAAGCAGCACAUAAAGAUGCACCCGGGAGAGAGGCCCCUCGGAGUGAGCAGAGCUGCUAAGCCGAAAGAGCGGGCUCUGGCACGCGCGGUAGAGAGCAAGGAGGUUUACCCGUGCCGCCUCUGUAAUGCUAAGCUCUCUUCUCUUCUAGAGCAAGGCAACCACGAGCGCUUGUGCCGGAACGCCACCGUUUGCCCUUACUGCAGCCUCAGGUUCUUCUCCCCCGCGCUGAAGCAGGAGCAUGAGGACAGGUGUGAGUACAAAAAGCUGACCUGCCUGGAGUGUAUGCGCACCUUCAAGUCUUCCUUCAGCAUCUGGCGGCACCAGGUAGAAGUGCACAACCAGAACAACAUGGCUUCAGCAGAGAACAUCUCCUUGCCCACCCUGGACCACAACGGUGAAGUGGCAGCUGCUUCCAGGCCUCAGGCUGAGCCUACCAAGGUAAACCAUGCGGCUGCUCCAAAAGAGGACACAGCGUUUAGUGACUCUUCAGAGCAAGUGAACUUCGAUUCUGAGGAUUCCUCCUGCCUCCCUGAAGACUUGAGUCUUUCAAAGCAACUGAAAGUCCAAGUCAAAGAGGAGCCUGUGGAGGAGGCUGAGGAGGAGGCUCCUGAGGCCAGUGCAGCUCCCAGGGAGGCUGGCCCCAGCAAGGAGGCUGGUCUGUGGCCUUGCGAGAAAUGUGGGAAGAUGUUCACAGCACACAAGCAGCUGGAGCGACACCAGGAGCUGCUGUGUUCCGUGAAGCCCUUCAUCUGCCAUGUGUGCCACAAAGCCUUCCGUACCAACUUCCGGCUUUGGAGUCACUUCCAGUCCCACAUGUCUCAGGCCACAGAGGAGCCUGCACAGAAAGAGGCUGAGGUGUGUCCUGUGCCCACAAACUCCCCAUCACCACCACCUCUGCCACCUCCACCACCCUUGCCCAAGAUCCAGCCCCUGGAGCCCGACAGCCCCACAGGCCUUCCUGAGAACCCAACCCCAGCCACAGAGAAGCUGUUUGCACCCCAGGAGUCAGACACCCUCUUCUACCACGCCCCUCCCCUUUCAGCAAUCACAUUUAAAAGACAGUUCAUGUGCAAGCUCUGCCAUAGGACAUUCAAGACCGCCUUCAGUCUUUGGAGUCAUGAGCAGACACACAAUUAAAUGACUUACCCCUCUCACCUGUCAGAAAACAGCAGGCCCCUGACUUGUGAACUGUGUCCUAAGACAACAUUUUUUUUUUUUUUUAAGUAAAGGUUGGAAAUUGUAUGAAUUUUAGGUUUGGGAUAAAUUGAUAUUGGCUUGGAAUGUCCUUAUAGCUUCAGAAACAAACUCUGAAAUAUUGUGGCUCUGGACCUCAGUCAGCAGGGGUUUGAUUCUGUUACUGUUGAAGUUGGGUUAAUGUUGGUGAAUUGCAUGGUUCCUCAUUCCAAGGUGUCACUAUAAUGACUUGAUUGAGGUUUUUGGUUUUUGUUUUCUGGGUAGUGGGAUACUAGGGUAUUGUUGGGGUUUUGGUUUUGGGUUUUUUAAUUUAUUAUUUCAGACACCUAAGUUUGAGGUACCCCCUAGCCAUGUUUCUAAGGCCAAAAACAUAUGAAGAAGAAAGGAAGUUGUUUGCAGUAUUGAGUCAGAUUUUAGAAUACCUUAGCAAUAAGAAAAGACAAACCCCAACUUUAGUAAAUUAUCCUGACACUUGAUAAGACAAAUAUUUGGUAUUUUGUGGUCCUUUGAAACUUUCUUUUUGUAUGAAAAUUGUGAGAAUUUAAAUCAGCAAUAGUCACAAUUAGAUUUUUUUAUGACAAGCUGUCAAUCACUUCGUAUAAUCAGUAAUGGCCAUGUGCUAAGGAGGGCAGAGAAAUGGAAGCAUGUUUGUGAAAAGCUCAACAGUCAGCAGCAACAGAUUAGUUGUGAAAGCCACUGAACUCUGUGGUAUGCCCUCUGCAUUAUAGCAGCUUUCAACGGGCACUUUAGAACUGACAGUGCUUGGUCUCCACCAGCUUGAAACUCGUGUUGUUGGGAUAAGCAGUGCUAGCCAGCAUGAAGUUACCGGUGCACAGCCUCACCACACCCUGGACCACCAUUCCUUCUAGGGGCUUCAGAGGUUGGAGGAAGUGCCACAUUGCAGCUUCCAUGUGCUUUCCAAGAACUGUAUGCACAACAUACACAUUUCUGCCUGUCUUUUGUGAGGAUGUCUAUGGGAGUAUUGACGUGGAUAGCAGUGAAAAUGUCACUAGCAAAGGUCCAAAAUUAGUUUUUGCAAUUUGAUUUGGUACUUAGGGUUUGGGUUUCUUUUUUUUUUCUGUUCCAUGUAGGUUAUAAUUAAAAGCCUCUCCAUAGGCAAUAUCCACAGUUUACUGUAUUUCAAAAAGGCAAAAUUUUGAUUUCACUCCCCCAAGGGAGUAUCAUACCUGGAAAGGAAAUUAGGAGACAAAUUCCCUAUUUACUUUUGCCAAGAGCUGUUUCUUUACAUUUUCAAGGUGUGCUCUAGCAGAGACACCACCCAUCUGCUCACCAGCACUCUACACCCAUGGUAGCAAAGGCAGUCUUUAUAUUAAAACAAACAUUUUUAUAAAAUACUAAUUGACUUUAUAUACUAUAGAAGCUGUAUGUGGAAUUUUGACUUUUAUCCUUUCACUUGAAAAGGCUAUUGAAAAUUCCUAAAUAUGUCUGCAUUUCCUAUUUUGUUCCUUAAAUUUUAAGAGAAGGGAAAUAAAAUUAGGUUGCAGUUACUGAUUCUUGCCAUCUGCUUUUUUGAACUAUGCAUUUUAGAGAUGAACUAACAGUGUCCACCUUUUAAUGAAUGAAGCUAGUGCCAGGCUGUGUAGCUGUCCACUGCACUCAUUCCCUGUGGUGAGUGUCUGGUCUCUAAACACCUUGGAGUGUCACCUUUUUUAAGACCAUCUCCCUGCAUGGUCAUCUCCUGUGUAGCUACAGAGCGAUAAUCUCCAAACCAGACAUUACCAGAUCAGUGCUCCAGGACUUGAACCUAUGCUACAUUUUUGAAGAUUUAUAAAAUAACAUUGUUACAAAAAAAGAAAAAAAGUAUUUUUUAUCUAAAUGUAGGGUCUGCAUAUCUGUUAGGUUUUACAAAUUAUCAGUGUUUGUCACCUUUUUUGUCUAGGAAUAUAAAGCAUAAGACUUCAAAUAAAAUUUUGAACCAAAAACAUUUAUAAUGCAGUUGUGGUUUUUCUAUUGCUUUUUUAUACUGUAUCUUAAAAGAUGUCAGGCCGAAAGAGUUUAUUUUGGUGUCAAAAACUAUCCUUCCACUCAUGUAACUAUUUUAAAUGCUAAGAAACAAAAUAAUGAAAGACAUUAAUCACUGUAUUCAGUAAACAGUUUUUUAGAGAAUGUCUAUCUCAGCUAGCAGGCAGAUGUUUGGUGUAUUAAAUAAAUAGGUCUUUCACCAUUGUAAAUCUUUAGAUAGUAAAGAUAUUCUUGUAAAUGUUUUUCUGAUUGUAAUUAAUUUUUGCAAGUAUAGAAAGCACAUUGUUUCUGUAAUUAUUUAAGAUGCCUGCUUUUUUUAUGCAGUUGUGGAAAGAAUGUAAACUGUUUUAAUAUAUUCUUUGUUAACCUAAAAACUUGUUACUGAAUUGUUUUCUUUAUGUGGGGAGGAUUGAGUACCUAAAACAUGUUUUUCCUACUAAGAGUAAAAAAUUAAGCUAACA